AUGUACGCGGGUCGCAAGCGGAGGAAGCCGGUGCCCCGGGCGGUGCGGCCGGGGCCGGCCGAAGGCGGCACCUCCAACCCCUCCAAGCGGCACCGGGAGCGGCUGAACCGGGAGCUGGAGCGGCUGGCGGGGCUGCUGCCCUUCCCCGAGGAGGUGGUGGCCGGCCUGGACAAGCUGUCGGUCCUGCGCCUCAGCGCCGGCUACCUCCGCGCCAAGAGCUUCUUCAGCGUUGCUCUAAAGAAUCACUGUGCCAAAGAAGCGGAGAGGGAUGGAGACUGCGGCAACGGGCCAGCUACAGGCUCGGCAGCGGUUCCGGAGGGCGAGCUGCUCCUGCAGGCACUCAAUGGCUUCGUGCUGGUGGUGACGUCGGAAGGACUGAUAUUUUACUCUUCACAUACGAUUCAGGACUAUCUGGGAUUUCAUCAGACAGAUGUCAUGCACCAGAGCGUCUUUGAGCUGAUCCACACCGAGGACCAGCAGGAAUUCAGACGCAACCUCCACUGGGCCCUCAACCCACCCCACGCUCCUGAGGGUGAGCCUUCUCCAGAAGAGGGGAAGAGUCUCAGCUCUUCUGCUGUUGCCUACAAGCUGGAUCAGCUGCCCCCAGAAAACUCCUCCUUUCUGGAAAGGAGCUUCGUGUGCCGCUUUCGCUGCCUCCUGGAUAAUUGCUCCGGCUUCCUGGCUUUAAACCUUCAAGGCAGGCUGAAAUUCCUUCAUGGACAGAACAAAAGGUCUGAAGAUGGGUCUGCACUACCACCUCAGCUUGCUCUCUUCGCUAUCUCCACCCCCUUGCAGCCCCCGUCCAUCCUGCAGAUCCGAACCAAGAACAUGAUCUUCAGGACGAAGCACAAGCUGGACUUCACGCCCUUGGCAUGUGAUGCGAAGGGGAAGAUAGUUUUGGGCUACACCGAGGCGGAGCUGCGGAUGUGUGGCACUGGCUACCAGUUCGUCCACGCUGCUGACAUGCUGUACUGUGCUGAGAACCACGUCAGGAUGAUGAAGACAGGCGAGAGCGGCCUGACGGUCUUCCGCCUGCUGACGAAGGAGAAUCGCUGGAAGUGGGUGCAGGCCAACGCGCGGCUUGUCUACAAGAACAGCAAGCCUGAGUACAUCAUUGUCACGCAGAGACCCCUUGUAGAUGAAGAAGGAGGAGAGCACCUUCGGAAACGGUCAAUGCAUCUUCCCUUUACCUUUGCUACAGGAGAGGCGCUCUUAUACCAAAGCGCUUACCCUCUCCCGGGCUUCCCUGACCCUUUCCAGAGCAAAGGGAAAACCAGCAAAUCCAAGAAGACCUCCCACAGCCAUGGAGGGUGCUUCCAGAAGGAUGGCAUUGACCCCAGUUCUCUGCUGGGCGCCGUGAUGCGACAGAACAAGGCGGUGUACGUCUCCCAUCCAGCUCCUGCACCUAAUCACUCCUUCAGCAGCAGUUUCGUGGACCAUCUUGAGGACGUGUCCUUGCCAGGUACAGGAGGAGAUGCCUGGAGUACAGGCUCUGCUCCAGGUUUUUCAAGGGGAGACAGCUGCAAAGAGGAGCUGGUGGAUUUGCAGCAGGAGGACCCUCUCUUGACCACCCUGGACUCACUCUCAAUUAAGAGUGAUGAGAGCUGUUCCAACAACGAACUGUUCAGUGCGCUGGAGGGCCUGAGGUUGAAUGCCGAAGACCUGGAGCUCCUGCUGCUGGAUGAGAAAAUGGUGAUGGUCAACAUAGACCCUGACCACACCCCGUCCCUGAACGACUGCCUCGCCAGCAAUGAGAUUCUCUCCUACAUCCACACCACUCUGGUGAACAAGCAUGAGGGAGGACAACAGGUCUGUCCCCUGUCAGGCACAUCCCCAAGCCCACGUGGAGGCACCGCUACGUACCAGGCCCACAUGGAGGACAAGGACUCGCAGUACCUGCCCCAGCACAUGGUGCAGCCCAGCAGUGCCCUGGGCCAGCCCCCUGCUCAACUGUGGGAACAGCCCCUCCAUGUCGUGCCAGGGCAGCUGCCCCCACUGCUGCCAGAGCCGGCUGAGGAGGAAGAGCCAUCUGAUGGCUCACAGUGGAGGCCAGCUGGGGAGGAGGGUCUGCUCUGCUUCCUCCAGCCGGCACAGGGCACCCUGUGGGACAAGACACCCAGCUCGCCUCCAGGAGCCCCCUGCCCGCAGGAGGCACCCAGGACUCAGAAACCGGAGGGUGACUUCCCGGCCAUGCAUCCCCCCCAAGAAGAUGCUCGCCAGUCCUUCUCCCUGCCCAGCCAGUGCCAGGGCCGUGUGGGACCACCCAGCCAGCUGAAACACUGUCACUUGCUGACAAAUGGGUUGUGCGGCCACAGCCGUGACUCCACUCCACACGUCCUUCCCAGCAGCAGCCCCAGCCCGUGGCAGGACUAUGUUUCCCCACUCCUGGGAUCCCCAGCUCAGCCUGGAUUUUAUGGCAUCAGCCAAGACUUGAUCUCCCAGCACCAGGACUGCUUGGGUCCAGGGUCCAGUGCGCCGGCAGUACACUUUAACCUGAACGGAUUGUGCAGCAUGGAAACUGCGGGCAGCAGGGGGUCCCAGGAAGAGAUGGCUCCAUACUCCAGUUUUUUCCCCCCUUCCUUAUACCAGCUUAUUCCCAAGAAGCAGCUAAGCCCUAUUCCAUCCAUGCCCCAGCACCCUUUUCUGAGCUCAGCUGCAGGGCGCUUCGGGAGCGUCGGCAGCCAAUUGGAGACUCCUGUGAACUCCUACGGGAUGUACGCCUCCACGCUGAGCCAGGAGAGCAGGCACAGGCCCAAAGGCAGCUGUGUUUUGCCCAGCACUCCCAUGGGACUCCCUGGAGACCAUCUGGUGCCGGGAGGAAGCGUGGUUCCCCCCUGCCAGCUGCACCCCCAGGCAGAAGUGUUGCCAGAUCACCCUCACACCUCCAGCAGCAACUUCUGUCUCUAG